CGCUGUCUGUGAAAAAACUUUCAGAAAAUUGUAAUUUCUUGCUUGACACUUGUCAGCAGUAUAAAAAAAUUUGAAAUUCGAAAACAAAUUGCAAUUAAGCAAAAUAUUAAUUUUCGUCGGAAAAUCAAGCGCGAGUACUACACGGGUAACGUCAUUCAAUGACUUCGCUUAUAAAACGCGUCAUUCCCACAUUGGAUCGCAUUUUGGUGCGACGCGCUGAGGCGGCCAACGUCACCAAAGGUGGCAUUGUGCUCACCGAGAAGGGUGUGGAACGCAUGGUGGAGGGUACUGUUGUGGCCGUCGGUCCCGGUUCGCGUAACCCGCAAAGUGGCAAUUACAUACCGAUGGGCGUGAAGGAAGGCGAUCGUGUGCUAUUGCCGAAGUACGGCGGCACACGCGUCGACAUGGAGGACCAAAAAGAGUAUGUGCUCUAUCGUGAAGCGGACAUUUUGGCCAAAUUGGAGUAGUCUACAUGUAGCAGGGGCGGAAGUGGGAGGAUAUAUGUAAAGCAAAUUGAUGUGCGGCUGUUAUUAACAUACUUUAAUUUAUGGAAUAAAAUAAAUUUCUUUCUUCAAUUGAA